AUGAGAAUAUAUACUAGCAUAUCAUCCAUAUUAUUGGUAUUGAUAUCAAUCAUAUUAUGUUCAACUGCUGUAUAUUCAAUGUAUGAAGAACAAUAUGGUGUAUCUAAUUGGAUCAUUAAUAAUAUAGGGAAAGUAGAGAAUGCAAUAGUGAUUGAAGAUACCGAUGACAAGUAUUUCUUGGCACAAUCAUCGGUUUUACAGAGCAACGAUCCAAAAGACACUGUCAACAUUAUUAGUUUGUUGUCAGCUACUACUGGUAGAUUGGUUUGGAGACAAAUCUUACCAAGACAAGAAAAGACUGUUCAAUUAUUAUCUUUAAAGAAACAAUCAUCAACAUUUGUUACAAUAUCAUCUGGUAAUAUUAUUAGAUAUUGGUCAAGAAAGAAUGGUACGGUGAUUUGGAACAAUUAUAUUGCAUCAAAUGAUCAUUGUGAAGGUGGUGUUGUCUUUGUAGAGGAUAUUGACAAGGAUCAUUUAAGCGAGUUGAGAGUUACCUGUGACAAUAGUGUUGUAUUGUUGUCAUCAAAGAAUGGAAAUCAAGUGUGGCAGAGAAAGGCUGCUGGAGAGGGUGUAACCUUUGUUCGUUCACAAUCACCAGAUACAUUGUUCUCGUACGAUAAAACCACCUUUUAUGUUGAUACUAUCAACCCGUUAACUGGUGAAUCUACCCAAGAGAAAAAGUCAAUCAAGGUGAUACCAGAUGGUUCAGAACACAAGUUGUGGCCAACACACAUUGUUACAUCGACUGGAGAGAUUGUGAUUAUGGUUCCAGGUGCCAAUGUUGUCUAUGUUGGAAAGAUCAAUGGCAAGACAGUCGAUAGUUUCCAAGCUGUCACUGUCGAUGCUCAAGUUGACUCUCUAUCUGCAUCCGUCCAACCUAGUCCAUACUUUGUUGUCAACAAUCGUUUCGUUUACAAAGGUGUCAACAAAGUAUUCGAGUUGGAAAAGGAUUCACAACAACAGUUACUUUUAACUGGUGACAGUGGUAGUUUGGUCGUACCAAACAACAACACGAUUGUAUUGGUUGAAAAGGAAGACAAAAAGGUAGUUUACACAUUGCCAGACAAUCUUUACAGAGACAGUCCACUUGUCCAAGUAUGGGCAGUUGACGCAAAGACGGUUAUUGCAGUUGCCAGAGACUGGUCAUUGACCGGAUACCGUUUGGCCAGCAAGGACAACAUUGUUGAAAAGGUAUGGAAGCGUGAAGAGGCAUUGGCAGCAGUUGUUGCCAGCGAACUUAUCGAUAUCCCUCCAAAGGACUUGUCCAAGUUGCAAAAGCUCGAAGAAGAGUUCCACGGUGCUCAAGACGAGUCGACUGUCGCACACUUGCUCCGACGUUUGUCGAUCCAGUUGUCGUCGGUCUUUGGAUCGAUCGUUGGAUCGAGUGACGAGGUAGUUGCACCAAACCAAUUCAAGGGUGAGGGUGACAGCAUGACCGACAAGAUUUUGGUCGUUGUCACACGUGCAGGUGUCGCAUUUGGAUUAGAGACUGGUGACAAGGGACGUAUCAUGUGGGUCAAGCCGUUGGCUCAAUACGUUAUGGUUGCCGACGACAUUCGACUCCACGUCACCAAGUCUCAGCACCCAGGUGCCGAGAUUGUCAUCAUUCACUAUGUCAACUUUGAUGAUGUUCCAGGUGGACGUCCCGGUGCCAAGCACCACCGUGCACGUAUCACUCAUGUCGACGCUGUCUCUGGUAAAGAACUCUCCUACACUAUCGUCCACGGUACACCAGUCCUCCACUCUGCAGUCAUCCCUAUCGACUCUUUGGGUGCAUCCAACAACAAUAAUGUCAAUGCGAGUGAAGGAGCUGCAACAGGAGAGAAUCUCUUUAUCACAGUACUCAACUACCCAGGUAAAGGUGCUCCACCCAUUGUACAAGUGUCUCCAUGGACUGCCGAGACACGUUUCAACUGGGAGCUCCUCAAAAAGAUUUCCUUUUAUUUGAUCGAUCAUCAAGAGUCUGUUAUCCGCGGUUAUUCAAUCGAAUCGAUGGCCAAUGGUCGUACAGGAUCAUUCAAGUCGGUCGAAACAUGGCGCAUCAACUUUGGCAAGCUCUACCAAAAGGUUGUAGCUGUCGGCAAGACCAACCCACACGAGAUUAUUGUCUCACCAGCCAUUAUCCUCGGUAACCGCAAUCUCUUGCCCAAGUACAUCAACCGUAACAUCAUCUCGGUGGCCACCUACGACAAGGCUGCCUCAUUGGCCAACAUCUAUUUGAUCGACUCUAUCAGUGGUGCCAUCAUCAAGGAAUACACCCAUUCCAAUGCUGGUGGUCACAUUCCAAUCGUUCAUCUUGAAAACAGUGUCAUCUAUUCAGUUUUUGAUACCUCUUUAAAUAAGCAAACCAUUUCAUCAAUAGAUUUAUUUGAAAAGAAUGUUGAAUGGAACAAGGAAACAAUUACAUCAUUUGAUUCAAGUCAAAGUGAUAAUUUAAUUAUUAGUCAAAAGAGUUUUACCAUUCCAUUUAUUGUUGAAACCUUACAAUUAUCACUUUCAACCAAGGGUAUUACAAGCAAGGCAGUUCUUGUUGGUUUGGCUAACGGUCAAAUUAUGCCAAUCGAAAAGAAAUGGAUUGAUUCUCGUCGUCCCUAUCCAAGUGAAGCAACCCCAUACGAUCAAGAAGAAGGUUUAAUUCCCUAUCAUUCUUUAUUAAAUUUCCCACCCUACAUGUAUCUAACUCUUAAUAAUUCUAUUCCAUUAUUACAAUCAAUCAAUACUCAAGGUACAUCAUUAGAGUCAACAGCAGUUUUAGUUGCACACGGUUUGGAUAUUUUUGGCUCUUUGAUUGCAAUCUCCACCUCUUACGAUAUUCUUUCACCAAGUUUCAAUCAUUUUGCACUUGUUUCCACUUCUUUAUUAUUGGUUAUUAUGACCCUUAUCACCAAUAAGAUUAGAAGAGAUAAAUUAUUAAAAAAGAAAUGGAAAUAA